AUGCGGCGACUAUUUGUGUUGAUGGCGGUGCUUUACUUCUGUCUCGUAUUGCUUGCCUCCUCCGUUUUGGCUCAGGAAGGGAAUGAAAUACAACAAGACGAUCUGGCAGGCGACCGCAUGGUCUUUCGAAGCACAAAAUGGACUUUAUUGAAUUCUACUGCAGGCCGAUUAAGUUGGGAUCAAAAAAAAUUGUCUGAAAUCGGAGUAAAUAGCAUUGACGCAAGUGUUACACCAAUUUAUGUACACGGCCCCACUAUUGAAGAUAAAGCUGACGUCAAAACCGGAAAUAUCAUAUUUUAUGGAUUGAUGCAAACCACCGAUUACCAGUUGAACUUGAAAGCGCUUCGGACUGGAAGAACUGCUUUAUAUAACACAAUUCACUUUACAACAGGGUCAGCUGAGGAUGACAAAAUUACCACUACAACAGGGACGACUGAAGGGAAAGAAGGUGGUGCCUCGUCUGGUGGAUUCGCCUUAUCUUCCACAAUCUCUGCAGCCCUACUUGCUUGCAUGACGAUGGUCCUUGCUUGA